UUUUCAUUUCAUGUUUCAGAAAGAAGAAAGUCAACAAGGAAGUGCACAGAAUGCAGUGCGAUUGUACCUUAGAUCCUGAUGAUCCAUGUUCUAGUGGUUGUGGCAAGGACUGUCUGAACAGAUUGUUGAUGAUAGAAUGUAACAGCAGAAGUGCUUGCAGAGAGAUGUGUAGCAAUAAACGUUUUCAACAGGGCUGUAAAGUGAAAGUUGAAGUGUUUAAAACAGAGAAGAAAGGCUGGGAAUUGAGAACUCUUGAAGAUCUGGAAUUGAAUCAGUGUGGUAUGGAGUACUGUGGAGAAGUCAUGAACUACAAAGAUUUCCAGGAAAGAGCAGAGUGUUAUGAUGGAGAAAACAGAAGACACUACUACUUCAUGACAUUGAGAGCUGAUGAGUGGACUGUCCAUUGCUUGUUGAGGAUUGGAUUUUUUACUCAGAGACCCAUCCCAGCUGGUGCAGAGCUCACGUUCGAUUAUAAACUGCAGUGUUUUGGGAAAGUUGCUCAGAUUUGCCAUUGUGAAGCACCAAAUUGUUGUGGAUUUAUUGGAGGAGACAAGCAAACACCUCUGAAGAACACAGUGGAAAGAAUAAGUAUGCAAAAAUAUUUUUAA